CUCUGGCAUUGCAUGAAUGCAAUUUUAGGAAGGCUUUCUUCUUUUUCUCUUAUCUCUGUGUUCCGACUAAAUGUAUCUGUGGUAUUACUGUUCUAGGUAACCGCACAGGAAAAGCAAAUUUGCCAACACUAGCGGUGUUGGUUGACGUUAAGUCUAUAAUUGGGCAGUGUAUAUAAGUGUACGACGUUAUAUAGUUUGUUUAGGUAUUUUAUCAUAAUGGCAUUAAAUCCACAAUACGAAGAAAUCGGUAAAGGAUUUGUAACCCAGUACUAUGCCUUGUUUGAUGACUCAACUCGCCGAUCCAGCUUGGUUAAUCUGUACAACACAGAACUGUCCUUUAUGACAUUUGAAGGGCAACAAAUACAAGGUGCUGCUAAAAUUCUAGAAAAACUACAGAGUCUCGCCUUCCAAAACAUAAACCGUGUGCUGACAGCCGUCGAUUCCCAACCAAUGUUCGACGGUGGCGUGCUGAUCAGUGUUCUAGGAAGACUACAAUGUGACGAUGACCCACCGCACGCGUACUCGCAGACAUUCGUGUUGAAACCUAUCGGAACGUCCUUCUAUUGCGCUCAUGACAUUUUCCGCCUUAACAUUCAUAACUCAGCAUAAAAUGUUUAUGCCUUCCGCACAGACAAAAAAUAUUCCCAAAUCAGACGGUACGCGACAUUUAUUCAUUUCCCUCGAACAUUUCUUAAGUAUGGAAACCUUUUGUGACGACAUGGUAUGAUAGUCGGUAUAAAUGCUUAAUUCAUAGCUUCUGCAACCCGUCUUAUACGCCAGUUAAAAUCUCGAAAGGAAAGUACCAUUUUAUAUUUGAGUCAAUUCUGAAUUCGAUUUGCAUUAGUCUCUAUUGUUGGCCUCCAAUAGUGAAUUCUUGACUAAACACAAAUUUGAUAAAAACACGUAUAUCAAUUGAAAAAAACGCUUCUUUUCGCGGGUAUGUUCCCAUGAUUUUCGUUUUCCAAAAGAAUCGCAGACAUUGUCUUAUUUUGUUUUGUAAACAUUGUCAUUUUACAAACUAAGUGUUCGUUUAUCUUAUUUCGAGCACUUGGCAUAAAGGCAACAAUCUUCGCCAACACGCAGCGUAUGUUGAAUUUGGUGUUAAAUGGAUAAUUGAUUCAUUACACAUUUAGUUACUAUUGUAAAAUGCUGCAAGAUAUAAAUAGAAUGCAGGCUAGUUUUUUUAUGUCAAAAGAGUAUGACAAUUUGCAGAAAACAGCUAAAGAGAGGACUCGUCAAUCGUGGUAUGAGCCAAAUAUUUUAUAUGCACAAUCGAAUUAGCCGAAGGAAAAUGUGUGCGGAUGACUUCAAAACCAUUAGAAGUAUAGACCAUAGACCGGCGACAUGGCGAAUAGUUCAACCUAUUCGGUAUAACCUCUUUUACACAGAAUUGUGUGUACGUGGCACAACGUAACAGGCCAAUCAUCGCUAUCGAUAAUAAUUGCGUGUUUGGCUUGUCGAUAAAAUAAAUUAUGCUUAAAUAUUAACGAUUGUGAAAAAAUAUUUUUGUUUACUACUUUUAUGCCAGAGUCAUCAUCUAAAGAAAAAUUUAAUUAUGCCAAAGUAGCAACUUCAUUUCUAAUAUUAGAAUUUUCAAUGCAAAUGGAAUAAAAUUGCCUAAUCUCGAACUCGAAGCAGAAGAAAAAAAAAUGGUUAUCGUAUUUAAAACAAAUUAUUCUCAAAUCAAAUCGCUGUCAAUUAUUGAUGAAUUUUUAAUUCUCAGUUGAUAGAAUUGAAUCAUGGAUCAAUCCUUCUGAAGUGCGCAAAGGUGGGAUGAA